GUCAGUUGAACAUAGUGAUGGUCAGAGUGUCCUAACAGACUCACUGUGGAGGCGGUGUAGUGCAUUUGAGUGGUUGAGAAACUACCUUUUAGUUUACUAUCCACAUAUUGUUGUGCCACCUCUACCAGAAAAAAGGGCAGAAUUCGUUUGGCAUAAACUCUCUGCUGACAACAUGGACCCGGAUUUUGUGGAAAGACUACGAAUUGGUUUAGAAAAUUUCCUCUUGAGACUUGCUUCACAUCCCAUCCUUUGUAGAGACAAAAUCUUCUAUUUGUUUUUAACACAGGAAGGCAACUGGAAAGAGACAGUAAAUGAAACUGGAUUUCAGCUGAAG